AUGCCAUUCCACAGACGCUAUCCUCCACCUCCACCACCAGAUCCUUUUGCACCACCACCACCUCCUCCACCUCGACCCUUUGAUGCUCCACCACCACCACCUAACUAUUACCACCCCCAUCCACCUCCAGACCCUUUUGCACCACCACCUCCUCCUCCUAGACGUUUUGAUCCUCCACCUCCAGACCCGUUUGCACCACCGCCACCUCCGCCUAGACGUUUUGAUCCUCCACCCCCACCACCACCCCAUCAUCCGCCUCCACCUCCUGGACCCCCCGGUCCUCCCCCACCACCAUUUUUUGAUCCCUACAGGCCAUAUCCUCCUCCUUACUAG